CUUCCAGGUCGACCCCGGGCCAGCGACGGCGGACGGCUUCUACGCCGUGGAGAGCGACGCGGCGGGGGUCCCGGAGGGCAUGGUGGGGACGUUUUUCUGGGUGACGCCCGGCAGGUUCAGCGCGUACGGCAAGUACGUCUGCCACCCUCUGGACGGGGACGGCCUGGCCCUGGCCAUCACGUUCGACGCCGAGGGCCGGGUCUUCGUGCGGCACCGCCUGGUGCAGACCCAGGGCCUGCUCCGCGACGACACGCUGGAGGCGACCUGCAGCAACGGCGUCCACGGAACUCCAGGACAGCAGGACAGGCUGUUGGCCACGUGGCCGUAUGGCUCACCUUACAAUCUCGACCCAGGCAGCUUGGCUACCCUGAUCGGGGCCGAUGACGCCGGUUCCACCGACCUUGGCGGUCUCCUCCUGCCUGGCAAGCCGCUGUCCACGUUCGGGCCCAGGCCCAAGCUGGACCCCAAGGGCACCAUAACCAGCUACGGGGUGAAGCCAGAUCUGCUCGGGACGAGGGUGAACAUCUACGAGGCCAGGGAGUCCUGGAGGUCCCGCUACCCGAAGACGGCGCCGAGGAGCGUCGGGCUGCCCGGCUACUCGUGGGUCACGGACUCGGCCUCGACCCCCCGGUGGGCGGUGCUCGCGGUGCCCCCGUGCAAGGCCGACGCCUUCGCCGCCGCGCAGGGCAAGCACCCCGCGCAGGUGCUCAGCUGGGACGAGGGCGCGAGCGGCGCGCUCGUCUUCGCGACGCGUGCCAAGGAGGGCGCCAAGGAGGCCACGGUGAAGCUGGACGGCCGCGCCGUGGAGAGCAUCGCCAACGCCUUCGAGGCGGAGGGCGACAGCGGCCGCGUGACCGUGGACGCGGCGGCCGCGGACGGCUGGGUCCUCGCGCCGCAGGCGCCCGAGGGCGCGUCACCCGAGCGCCCCUUCUGGGAGGUGCUGAGCCCCGACUCCGCGCCGCGGGCCCAGCUCGUGCGGUACGAGGUGGACCUCCAGGCGGAGACGUUCACGAAGAAGGUGCUGCUGGACCGCCACGUGGUGUCCCCGUGCGUGGACCCCAGCCGGGCGGGCAGCGCGUCUAGAUACGUCUUCUGCGGCGUGGCCCACGGCGAGGGCCCCGGGCCCACGGGCGGCGCGUGCCGCGUGGACGCGGCCACGGGCGCGGCGGACGUCUGGGUCGCCUCGCCCACGGAGAGUUCUGCAGCGCCCCCACGUUCGUCCCGAAGCCGGGCGCGGCGGCGGAGGGCGAGGGCUACCUGCUGACCCUCGUGCUUGACGGCGCGGCCGGGCGGAGCGACGUGGUGGUGCUCGACGCGCAGGACGUGGCGAAGGGGCCCGUGUGCCGCUUCGCCCUGCGGGACGCGAUGCCGCACAGCCUCGGCGGGGCCACCUGGGCGCCGGGCCUCGCCUUCACGGAGGAGGAGCUGCAGCGCAAGGUCACCCUGAGGAAUCUCUUCGAGAAGAAGUCCAAGGAGUGGAACGAGAUGAACACGAGCGCCUCGCUGGCUCCCGGGCUGAACACCC